GUCGAGUGAGUCGAGUAGCACACUGAAUUUGAUAGUUGAACUGUUUCUUGUGGAAAACAUCAUGUUUCGACCUGAAAAUACCCCAGAAAUGAAAACAUUAUGGAAAAAUGGUGCUAAAAAUGGUUUGAGAAGUAUAGUCAAGUAUGUUCUAUCAGUGGCUUACAGCGAUACUCGACGUUUCAGUUACGACGAGGAAGGAAAGAUAUCUCUCAACUUUGGCCAUGAGAAAAUAACACCAAACACUGUAGUUGUUUGGGGUGGUAUAUCUUCACACCCAAAGGCUUCUUUGUGCCGAGGAACUGGCAGAUUUGAUUCAUCGACAUACACCAACAUUCUACAACAACACAUCAUACCGUUGGCCAAGAAGGACCCAUCAAAAACAACUGGUUUGGUUCAUGACUAGUUUCCUGUCCAUAGGAGCAGAAAUGCCAUGGACUUUAUAGCGAAAAACCUGAAUGACAUUGUCGUGCGUGACUGGCCCAAGUCGUUUUUGUGAUGUAGUGCCACUUGAAAGGGAUUGGAUGGAAAUGGGUGAAGAGUUCUCCAAGGGCAACAUAAAGGCUGCUGACGAAGAAAGUCUUUGGAGAGCAAUUUCCCUUUUGUGGCACAAAUUGUGCAACGAUGACUUUGUCAUUCAACUAAUUCAAGACAUUCCUUCUUAACUGAGAAAUGUUGAACAGUGUGGUGGUAUCAGUUACGUUGUUUAACAGCAGGAUUGUAUCGAAUUAUCAAGAUCAAUAAACUUAAACUGAUUGUGA